UGGCGAUGUGAGGUCCUGUGUAUUCAGUAGACGUAUGAGAGCGCGGCGCAGUCAGCACAGAAAAUCUCAAUAAACUUUGUGUCAAAGUCAGUCUACCUCUGCGUGUGACCAUGAGAGCGCUCCUGCUCCUUACUCUACAAGUACUGAUGUUGGCCCAGGCUCAAUACCAGGAACCAUACCCUUAUGUAGACCCAGUCGAGUAUGGACCAGAUUAUUUUUCAGAGAAUACUGAGUUGGAGAACUCAGACCCAGUCCCCGGCACAUACCAACAGCAAGUUCGACUAGAGCCUGUCGUGCGUCCAGAGAAAACAGACUUGGAGACUGAGCCCACAGAGCCUGGACCUUUGGACUGCAGAGAAGAGCAAUACCCAUGCACCAGGCUCUACUCAGUUCACAAGCCAUGCAAACAGUGUCUCAACAGCCUCUGCUUCUACAGUUUGCGACGGGUGUAUAUCAUCAACAAAGAGGUUUGCGUGCGGACCGUGUGUGCGCAUGAAGAAUUGCUCAGAGCUGACCUGUGCAGGGACCAGUUCUCCCGUUGUGGCGUAGCGGCUCUGAGCGGGGGCUGUGGGUCGAUAGGAGGCAACUGUGGAAAAAGUUGUGGAGGCUGCUGAACUUUUUGAGGGACAAAACUCGCCCGAAAACUGCCGCUGCCAAACCACUUUUGAACAUGUUUUACUCCUGUGUUGAAGCAUUAGGAAUGUAACAAGAUUUCAUGGGACUGUCAUAGUAUUAACCCCACAGUGCAAUAUUUAUUCAAAUUCUGCAGAGAAAUGCUUAAUAU